AUGAACAUAACUAAUAGUCUAGUUAAUUCAAAUACUAUAGCACCAAGAAAUUCGUCAGAACAUGUUCAAAUUGAAAGUGAUAAUUGGAUUGAAAAAGUAUCACGACCACGUCUCGUAGAACCAUUUGAAUUUACAUCAAACAAUAAAAUUGGAAAAAUGGUUACGUCACAUAGCAUGGCCAAGCUUGAAGACGAAAUUGCUUUACAAAAUAAACUUUUGUCUAAUAUGAAAAAUUCACAAAAAGAUUAUGAAGAAAUUAUGCUGAAUAUAGAGACAAAUAUGGAUGUUAUAUCAAAUACAUUACUUCAUUUGCGUAAUCAAUUAAUUGAUUCCCAUUAUCAAAUAAAUGUAUUAACUGAAGAAAAUACUUGUUGA